AUGCAUCAGAGGGGUCUAAAGCUGGGCAUCUAUGCAGAUUUUGGAAAUCUUACGUGCGAAGACUAUCCAGGAAGCAUAGAUCACCUGCAGCAAGAUGCCAAGACGUUUGCUGAAUGGAACAUUGACAUGCUGAAAGUGGACGGGUGCUAUUGCAACGCAUCGCUCAUGGCUAAAGGCUACCCGGAAUUAGGACAGUAUUUGAACGAGACUGGCAGAAAAAUAGUCUACUCCUGUAGCUGGCCUUUUUAUGAGCAGAUGCAUGGCAUUCCGAUAAACUAUACUGCCGUUGCGGAAACCUGCAAUCUUUGGCGCAACUUUGAUGAUAUCCGUUUGACGUGGCAAUCAAUUAUGAGCAUUAUCGACUAUUACGACAAACAUCAGGACGAAUUGGCAAAGGUGAAUGGUCCUGGCAGGUGGAACGAUCCGGAUAUGAUUAUAGUCGGCAACCGAGAAAUCACCCUUGAUCAAUCUCGGGUGCAAAUGGCACUGUGGUCUAUCUGGUCGACUCCGCUGUUGAUGUCGAACGACCUGCGCUUCAUCACACCACCUCAGAAGGAAAUCCUGCAAAAUCGCAAAGUGAUCGCUAUCAAUCAGGAUCCGCUUGGAAUUAUGGGCAAAAAGAUCAUGGAGAAAGAUUUCGUUCGUAUAUACCGGAAGCCAGUAACUCCGAUUCAAAAAUCUACGCAGGCGUAUUCUUACGCAUUCGCAUUUUUCAACACCCACACGCGAAACUACGCGGUGGUUAAAGUCAACCAGCUGAACGAAAUUGGCUUGACCUCAGCUGACGGUUAUUUGGUUGAAGACUUAUUCGCCAAUCGUUCUUACGGUAGGUUGUAUCCGAACUCUACAAUCUACUUUUUCGUUCCACCGACGGGUGUCGUUAUGGUAAAAGCGACGGUCGAAUGA